UUUCAGUGUACCAACAGACUUUUGGUCGCAAGGAUCUCUUGGGCCAUUUGAAAAAACUAAACGAACGAACUAACAGACUGUUUUUCCUAUUUUAUAGUACAUACAAUCAUUGUAAAGGAUUUUUCGAAAAAUAUAAUAAUUUGACAACAAAAGAUCUACGAAAAUGGAGUCCUGUGGCAUGAGUUUAAUCAAGUACAUUCUAUUUAUUUUCAAUCUAAUUUUUGCGAUUUCGGGAAUCGCAAUAAUCGCUGCUGGUGCAUUGGUAGUGGCCGAUGUUGGACAGUUCAGUCACUUUCUGGAGGGUCGAAUAAUCGCCCCACCGAUUGUCCUCAUAGUCGCAGGUUGUAUUGUUUUCUUCAUCGCUUUCUUCGGAUGUUUCGGUGCGAUAAAAGAGAAUUAUACGAUGCUGAUGAUAUUCGCAGUCGCACUGUUGCUCAUAUUCAUCGUGGAAAUGGCAGUUGGGAUCGCAGCAGCUGUCUUCAAAAGGGAUUUCGAAAUGAUACUUCGAAACUCCAUGAAAGAUUCGUUGGGGAAUUACACGGAUGCAGAUCGAGUGGCUUGGGACAAAAUGCAAACAAAUUUGGAGUGCUGCGGAGUCGAUGGUCCCGGGGACUGGGAACAACUCUCAAUAUCAGGGAUCACCCAGCCUGGAUUUCUGCCUCAGUCUUGUUGUAAAGAUCUUCGACCGAACAGUUCCUGUCGAUCAUUCGAUGUGCUCAGCCUUUCGCAAACUGGUUGCUAUGCCGCUCUCGAAAACCGCGUGCACAAGGGCGCAUCCGUUCUCAUUGGGGUUGGAAUCGGCAUCGCAUUCAUAGAGGUCGCCGGAAUAGUUUUCGCUUGCUGUCUCGCAAUCACUAUAAAGAAGGAAGCCGGGGCGAAAUGAGACGCGGAGAACUGAUGUAACGACGAGGACAUCAGCGAAUAAUGAAAAAAUAAUUUAAAAAAAUUUCAACGAUAUAAAAAUGGGGCAUUAUACUAAAAAUACGUGUUCGAUAAUUCAUUGAACGUGCGGACGAAUGGCACUGAAGAUUUUACUUUUGCAUUCAAAUGGUACGUGGGCUGCAGCACGGCAUGAACAAAACUCGGAUUGGAUUAUAUCCGUGCCACGCCUGCACGAGUUUCCCUCAAAUUUUAUCAAAUUUCGUGCAGCUAUCGCCGAGAAAAACUCAUUUUUCAUUUCGCGGUGAGCGUGUUCCGCUCAAAUAGUAUUAAAAAAGUCUUCUUUUCUGCCAACUUAUCACGUGGUUUCAUCGAGUGACAGAUGACUUUAUCUCAUACAAGUCAUUUCAUUGUUUGUUGUAUCUUUAUCACUCACAAAUUUCAUACUCAUAAAAGCACAGCUGUUCCAGAGUACUAACGAGGUACCAAAAUGAAAAGAAGACAAACGAUAAGACUAAAAUAAUAAGGCGUGGAUCAACCACACCCCUGACCACGCGAUUUCAAAUGUUUCCUAAGCACGUGACUGUAUUCUCCUCGUAUUUUUCAGCCUCUCCCUAAGCUAUAAAACUUGGAGAAGGCAAAAGAUUAAUUUUUAAGAUAAUUGCGUGUCUGUAAACUUUAACAAGCAUUACGAAAUUCUCAGACAAUGUUCACUAGCUAAGAGUGUCUAAACGUAAUUUUCUCACAAUUAAUUGUGCCUGGUGUGAUUUUAGAUAUAAGUAAAGAGACGAAAGUCAUUCAAAAACAAAAGUUUGAUCAUACAAAGGGAAUAAAUCAAUUUUAUUCAACGUAGUAAUAUCAAAAACGGUUCAUACCUUCACACGUAGCGUGUUCCUCUUCGUUAACAAUAUUUCUUUCAUUGAGUUAUUACAUAAUCGCAUGAAUACUGCAAACAUUUGUAAACGUACAAUUAAUUAAAAUAAAUAAAUUUCAAGCCUAAUUCAACGAU